GCCGCGGAGGUGGCCAUGUCUAUCCUGUCGAGACAACUGGUCCCUCGUUCGGGGAUUGCGUGGCGGGAUCUUCCGGACGUUCGAGCCUACAGGACGAGCCUGAGUACGUCUCAGGAGACUGGAAACUCGGGGGGGAGCCAUGACAGUUGUUCAAUUGUUUCCCAGGCAGACUGGAACCAGCUCCAGCGCUCGCCCGGGAUUUAAUUCAUCAUGUUUGCAACCGUCCUUUGUCACGAGAUCGGCCUCCUCAGUCAAGUUUCCGACGACAUUUGCUCGUCAGAGUUCACAGACAUCCCAAUUUCGCCGUUCUUCGCCUCGUUCCUUAAAAGUUAGUCAUGAAUUUCUCGAGCCACAGCCACAGCUGCUCGAAUCCAGAUUCUCAAUUGAAACUGAAGUCUGUUCGAGUGGCAGAGAUGAACGAGGGUGGCACUCACGGUUUAGCACUCAGAAAAUUGAGCUCAACAGCUAUGGAGCAGCAGAGGUUCUAGCCUUGGGAUUAGCGAGUGGAAUUCUUUUGUUUCCAGAGCAUUCAUGGGCCGUGGACAUGGAGGUGGGGACGACUGCCCAAGGCCUCAUGGGCUGGGCUGCCAAUGAACCAGCAAAUGCUUUGUCCUUGCCAACCUGGGUGAUCCAUGUCGCCAGUGUUGCAGAAUGGGUGACGGCGAUGGUGCUAGUAUGGAAGUAUGGAGAUAUGCCAGGGAAGUCAUCUUGGAAGGGCUUAACUUGGGGCAUGGUACCUUUGCUCGGAGGAGCAAUGUGUGCUUGCACUUGGCACUUUUUCUACAACGAUCCGUCACUGGAGGUGCUGGUCGUUCUGCAAGCCUUUCUGACGGUUGUUGGAAACUGCACGAUGUGGGCGGCUGCAUAUAGAAUCUGGAAAGCCUCUCAGGAGAAGGGAUCUGUCGGAUAGACAGGUCUGUACUCGCACGACGUCUUUUGACAGUAUAAAAGUUCACCGUAGGGAAAUGUACUCUUCCUUAUCAUGUAAACACAGCGAAUCAUACCACCAUGACCUUAUGUUCACAAUCUUGUACAAUUGGUUCAUCUUGCAAUGGAAGCGAUUCAAGCGAUACUUCAGUAUGGCUGCUUGGC